AUGAAACUAAUUUACAUCUUUUUCAUUUCUUUUUUAUUUUGUAACAAGCCGAUUGUUGAUAAAGUUGAUGCAGACAAUACUGAUAUAAAUGAUGCUAAUUUAGAAAAUGCUGAUAUGGAAGAAGCCUUUGCAGUUAAAGCUACUGAAGCUGAAGCUAUUAUUGAUAAUUUUGAAGCUGGUGUAGAUAGUAUUGAUUUGGAUGAAGUUGAUAUUCUGUAUUUAUUAGAUAUUACACCUUGGUCACCUAAUUGUUUAAAUAAACAACUUAGAGGUGACAAAAUAAGAAUAGAUGGCGAAGGUGUUGGAGAUGACAAAAGUGUUGGAGAUGACGAAGAUAUUGAAGACAACGAAGGUAUUGAAGAUGAUGAAGGUAUUGGAGACAACGAAGAUAUUAGAGACAACGAAGAUAUUGGAGAUGACGAAGGUGUUAAAGAUGAUAAAGGUGUUGAAGACAAUGAUAAAACAAAAAUAGAUAAUCAACUUGAAGACCAACAAGAAAGCCAGCUCAAAGGUCAAUUAGAAAGUAAAAUAGAAGAAUCAAGUAGUCAAAUCUUG